GGGCCACGCCCCCUUGCGCUAGGCGCUGCACGUUGUUUAUUCCGUGCCUGAGGGUGGCAGCUGGAGGCCCCAGUCACAGACCAGGAGGAGCCCGGGGGCCUCGGCGCGGGACAGACGCGGAACCAAACGACAAUCCCGGUGUCACACAAGACACCGGAUGGCCCAAGGGAGCGGCGUUAGCCAGCGUGAUCUGGCACACGCCAGCAGCCGAGCCCCUGUCGCGUAUUCACAUCGACCGCGAGGCCCAGCUCAGGAUCCAGCGCGCAAGGGCUUCCCUUGGGAAACUGCUCCGACGCGUUGUCACGGCUCGUGACCGGCGGCAGGCACCGAGAUCCAGCCGAUAACACAUUUGUUGUUCCCACGCUCCUCUGCGGCUGCGAAACCUGGGAGACCUGUCGACAGCGCCUCAGGCGUCUGGGGAGGUAUCACCAGUGAUGCCUCCGGAAGAUCCUUCGCGUCAAGCGGCAAGAUCGCCGCACUAACGCCAGCAUCCUCGCUGAAGCCAAUGUCACCAGCGUUAAAGCAAUGAUCCUCCUGCACCAACUUCGCUGGGCUGGACGCUGUGCGCGGAUGCCAGACUCUCGCCUCCCAAAACAAGUCCUCUGCUCUCAGCUCGCCCGUGGUCAGAGAUCCCGUGGUGGUCAGAGGAAACGCUGCAAAGACACACUGAAAGCGUAUCUUAAGAAAACUGAUGUGGACAUCCCAAACUGGGAGGAGCAAGCCACCAGCCGACCCCGAUGGCGCCAUAUCCUUCAUCAGGCAAUAGCCCGCUUCGAGGAGAAGCACCUUGCCCUCAAAGCUGAAAAGCGAGAGAGAAUGAAGCAAAAAGAAAGAACUAACUUUCUCCUAGCAGGCAGCUGGCUUGCCACGAAAUGUCUGUACCUUUAGCGGAUGGGUUUGCAGUUCCAGGAUCGGACUUCUGAGUCAUCUCAGGACCCAUAUCCCCAGUGCCAUGAAGCCAAGAUCUGCAUGUGGUGAGUAGCAUCCAACCCCUCCAAAGGGGGCGCUCUGGGCACAUCGCUCUGUGGCUGUUACACAGCCAGAGGCACCUUCAUCUCAGCACCAGGCAAGCCAUCCCCGUGCAGCGUCUCUGCAUGGCUUUUACCUGCCUCCCCACCCCAGAGGCAGCUGCAUCUCAGUGCCAAGCAAGCCACCCCACGUGGUGUUGCUGUGUGGCUGCUACCCAGCUGCCCGACCCAAGAUGCAGCUUCUGAUAGUUAUGUGUAUUUUAUUGAUUGCUCCCAAAAGUAGGUGGAGAACAAACAAGACAAAAAGAACAGAAAAAGAAAGCAACAGGAAGGGCAGGAAAAGGAGAGUGCCAUGUUGGUUUCCAUCUGCUAGGAAUUAAUCAAAAGCAUCUAAAAAGUCAGACCAGAUCUUUUUAAAUUUGUCCGAGGUCCCUCUUCUCUGAAACGUUCCUGCUCGUUAGCUGCCGUGUCGGCCAAGUCACCGUGCCAGGCUUCUGCUCUUCCAUCUCUCCCCCACAGGUCGUUUGGCUCCGAGCACUGAUCUAGAGAACCAAACUUCCCGGGAGCUGAAGCGUUUCUAGAUUGAUGGGAUUGAGCCCACAGCACAGUUCUGGGAAGGCCGUUUAUCCUCCUACCUACUUCUAGCUAAAGGGUUAUGGUCUCUUGUCGACGUUCCCCAAUGGGCUGUUGAGCCCGUGCUGGGGCUUCAAAUGAUGCUCUUUCACGGCAUUGGGGCCCCUCUCCCUGGUGCAGGAAGUACCUGGACGUUCACUCCAUGGACCUCAUCAACAAAGCGCAGACCACCGACGAGCUGAAGAGGGUGCUGGCGGAGCUGUUCCAGCUGCAGGGCUGGGAAUCGGACCCACGGGCCGCCAUCUUGCUGGAUCUCUACUUCUACACGGUGCAGUUCAGCCGGGAGCACAGCUUCAACCGGGAGCAAAGCUCCGCCUUCUUCGCCAUCGUCAAAGACACCCACGAGGCCUGUGUGGAGACACCCCUGCCCAAUGUGGAGGAAUGUUACCGCUACUUCACCGAGCUGCUCUUCUGCCACGCCAUACGGCGGCCUCCAUUCAGCAUCGACCUCUUCAGCCAGGAGCAGCUGGCACUCAUAAGCGACUACGUGGUGAACACCUACUUCCGCCACUUCAAGCUGUACAAGUACGCCUUCACACCGCAGAUCCGGCUGGACAUAUCGCUGUCCUACGUGGGAAUGCCAGAGCCGGAGCCCGCGGCUGAGCUGGCAGGAGAGCUGGGCGAGAGCGUGACGGCGCCUGUCCCCCCAGCGCAAGAGGAGGAAGCAGACAGUGGAACCACAGCCCCCAGUGAGAGCCCCAGGGCCCCGCUGCGGGAAUACAUCUCGGCUCAACUUUGCCAGGAGAUGGCCCAGCUGCGGCUGGCGGUGGAGGAGCGGCUACGGGCCAGCGAGGAACAGUUCAAUGCCAAGCUGGCCCUGCUGGAGAAGGUGCCCAACUCCUCCAAGGGGGGCGGCCGGGGCCGCCGGAAGUGAAGGGAGAGAAGAGUGCAAUAAAGGACUCUAAUUCUA